AUGGGGCCGAAUGGUGUCCAAAUUGGCGACCAAGCUACGCUAAAGGCAGAAAUGCUAGAAAUCGUCCAAAAUAGCAAGUUUAGAGGUCGUAAAGGUGGAGAAUCGCACCGAACUAGUUACCAACUGUAA